AUGAAGAUUUCAACCUUUUUGGCGGGCAUCCUGCCCACUGCCCUGGCAGUCGAUCCCCUCCUGACGGUGCGCACCUUGACUGGCACCUACACAGGCCUUCAGAACUCCGACUAUCCUAAUGUCCGAGAGUUUCGUAACAUCCCAUAUGCGCAGCCCCCCGUUGGCAAGCUCCGCUUCCUGCCACCGGAGUCGCUACCUCACUCGGAUGAACACCAUUACUCCACGAGGUUUCCACCUUCAUGUCCUCAAUUUGUUUCCAGUUCUCCCAGCUUCUGGAACCUAUUUACCCCUUUCCUACUGGUGGGAAAUGGUGAUCAGAACCACACCAGCGGCCUGAGUCUGCAGACAGGUGCGGAAGACUGCUUGAGCAUUGCCGUCUGGACACCCUACAAAGUCUCCUCUAAAUCCAAGCUGCCUGUUGCUUUCUUUAUGACCGGAGGCGGAUUUGUGACUGGCGGGAUCGACAUUGCAGGCCAGCUGCCCCCAUCAUGGGUGAGUCGCACCCAGGACCAUAUCGUAGUGACGAUCAACUACCGGGUCAACAUAUUCGGCUACCCCAACGCGGCCGCAUUGGAUGUGCCGAAUGUGGCUCUGCUGGAUCAGCGCAAGGCGCUAGAAUGGGUGCACGAGAACAUUGCCUCAUUUGGGGGCGAUUCCGACAGAAUCACGAUGUGGGGACAGUCUGCUGGCUCUGCCAGUACCGACUGUCAUAACUACGCCUUCUGGGAUAAGCCAAUUGUUCAAGGCACGCUUUCGCAGUCUGGCACGGCGCUGCUCGCUUCCUCCUCGCAGGAUUACAGUCAUUCCAACUUUACCUUCGUGGCCAAGAACCUGGGAUGUGAUUUCCCGGAUGACCCCAUCGCAGAACUGGAGUGUAUGCAACAAGUCCCGAUGACGAUGAUUGAGAACUUCAUCGGACAAUAUGACGAAGAACCUGGGAUCAAAUUUACUCCCAUUGCCGAUGAUGUCUAUAUCUUCUCUGAUUAUGCGGCCCGCGCAGCUGCUGGUAAGAUCUCACCUCGGCCCGCGAUCUUCUCAGAUUGCGCCAACAACGACGCCUCCCUGGCCGCCUGGCCAUCAUCCAAUGCCACCGUUGGCCCGUGGCAGCCCGGAAUUACCGCAGGCACACUAGCAGACUGGGUCUGUCCGACUGCAAACACGAGCAUCUGGCGUGCCGCCAACAAUCUCACCACUAUGCCGGCACCUGGCCCAACGAUGACGCCUUACAAGUGGCUGGGCGCCCACCAUGCAGCGGACCUGGUCAUGAACUUUGGUACAUACUUCUACAAUGUGACCAAUGCGACCACUGGCCCCAGUCCAUUGGAAAUCGCCACGAGUGAGACCAUGCAGGACCAUAUUCUGGCUUUCAUGAAGGACCCCAUCCAGGGGGCCCCCUGCCAGGGGCUGGUACCCGUAUACGUAUGGUGGGGAUGUGCUUCGGUUCGGUGGGGAUGGGCUUGCAGUGCAGAUUGUGAGUGGGUAUUCCAUUGA